GGUAGAGGAGCGACGGCGGAAGAAUGGUGUGCGAAAAAUGUGAAAAGAAACUUGGUACUGUUAUCACUCCAGAUACAUGGAAGGAUGGAGCUAGAAAUACCACAGAAAGUGGUGGAAGAAAACUGAAUGAAAAUAAAGCCUUGACUUCGAAAAAAGCAAGAUUUGAUCCUUAUGGAAAGAAUAAGUUCUCCACUUGCAGAAUCUGUAAAAGUUCUGUACACCAACCAGGUUCUCAUUAUUGCCAGGGCUGUGCCUACAAAAAGGGUAUCUGCUCCAUGUGUGGAAAAAAGGUUUUAGAUACUAAAAACUACAAGCAAACAUCCGUCUAAACAUAUUGAUGAAGGUUCUGGCUUUCUAUGUGACUUUACUUGCUGCUUUGAAUUUUCAAGGCAUAACAUAGAUGUUCAACUUUCAGAAUAACAUGUUUUUAGACAAAUAAUUAAGAUUAAACCAGAA